AGUCGUCACCACCACCACCUUGCUAGCUUUUCUUGCUAGUCACCACUACACCUUAUCCAUCUUCCUAGCCAAAAACCAAAACCCACCAUUUUCUGUCCUAAAUAAAUUUGAAGUAUUUCACAUUUCUUUUAACACUUUCAGACCAGUAAUGGAACUCUCCUCUUCUUUCUCUCAAUUACCAAAAAUAUCUGACAUCUCCUUCUCAUCUUCUUGUGCUCCUUUCCCCCUUCAAAUCAGAUACCUUAAACCCCACCACAAAACCCUACAAAAUCUUGGUGUUUUUGCAGUCGCUGUAGACCCACAAGAACUCCCUAAAAACAGCCCUCAAAGACUUCUUAAAGAACUAGCAGAACGCAAGAAAACCACAUCCCCAAAGAAAAGAAUACCCCCCAAAAGAUUCAUACUUAAACCCCCACUCGAUGAUAAAAGACUCGCACAGAGGUUUUUGAAUAGCCCUCAACUAUCCCUCAAACAAUUUCCAUUAUUGAGUUCUUGUUUGCCUUCUUCAAGGCUGAACAAUGCUGAUCAAACUUGGAUUGAUGAGUAUUUGUUAGAAGCCAAACAAGCUUUGGGGUACCCUUUAGAGCCAAGUGAUAGAUUUGGGGAUGAUAAUCCUGCUAAACAAUUUGAUACUUUGUUGUAUUUGGCAUUUCAGCAUCCGAGUUGCGAACGGACUAAUGCCAGGCAUGUGAGAUCAGGGCAUUCAAGGUUGUGCUUCUUGGGGCAGUAUGUUUUGGAAUUGGCUUUCGCUGAGUAUUUCUUGCAGAGAUAUCCUAGGGAGUCUCCUGCUCCUUUGAGGGAAAGAGUUUUUGGGUUGAUUGGGAAGAGGAAUUUGCCCAAAUGGAUUAAAGCUGCCAGUUUGCACAACUUGAUUUUUCCUUAUGAUAAUAUGGAUAAAUUGCAGAGGAAGGAGCGAGAACCGCCAGUUAAGUCUGUGUUCUGGGCUCUGUUUGGGGCAAUAUACUUGUGUUUUGGCAUGCCAGAAGUAUAUCGUGUUCUUUUUGAAGUAUUUGAGAUGGACCCAGAAGCAGAGGAUUGCCAGCCAAAAUUAAGGAGGCAAUUUGAAGAUGUAGAUUAUGUUUCUGUUGAAUUUGAAGGCAAGCAGCUCAGUUGGCAAGAUGUUGCUGCUUAUAAGCCUCCUGAAGAUGCUCUCUUUGCACACCCUAGGCUUUUCAGGGCUUGUGUCCCACCAGGCAUGCACCGAUUCCGAGGAAAUAUAUGGGAUUAUGAAAGCAGACCCCAUGUUAUGCGUACAUUGGGCUAUCCCCUAACAAUGAGAGACAGAAUUCCAGACAUAACUAAAGCUAGGAAUAUCGAACUUGGACUUGGGUUACAGCUCUGUUUCUUGCACCCAUCAAACUACAAAUUUGAGCACCCUCGAUUUUGCUAUGAGCGAUUAGAAUAUGUCGGCCAAAAGAUCCAGGAUAUUGUCAUGGCCGAGAGAUUACUGAUGAAGCAUCUGGAUGCUCCUGGAAAGUGGCUACAGGAGAAGCACCGCCGUGUUCUCAUGAACAAGUUCUGUGGAAGGUACUUGAGAGAGAAGCAUCUCCAUAAAUAUAUCAUCUAUGCUGACAAGGUUGCAGAUGCAUACGAGCACAAUAGAAGACUAAGAAACCCUUCGACAACUGCUGUUAACCAUUCCCUUCACGGGCUUUCAUACACUAUAUAUGGGAAACCAGACGUGAGGCGCCUCAUGUUUGACGUUUUUGAUUUUGAGCAAACUCAACCAAAACUUGUAUGAAGAUUCAAUGAAAAUAAUGUCGUUUUCGUUUCCUUUAGCCUUUGAAAUAGAAGUGGAUUAACGAUUCGUUUCUGGCCCAGUUUCUCAUUUUCUUUUUCCUGUGUACUGUCAAAUGAUGAUUAUUGAUUUGGUAGUGUUUGACACCUGUUCCGGGAUACAA